CGCGCUGCUCUUUACUAUGAUGGGGCUGUUCACACCUUAGACACCCACCAAAAAGAAGACGCACCCCAAGCUUGUUGUCUGUUUGCUUGUCCUGCAUAUUUUAAUGACGCACACAGAUGUUGAUAUUAAGGUUAAAUAAUAAGAUGAAGAGGUCUGAUCUUUAAACAGUCUGCAGGCACACAGGCUGUGGACAGAGCUGUGUUCAACAGCAUGUCAUGGUGACAGGACUCUGCCUCUUCCUGCUGCUGUGCUGAUAACACACAGAGGAGUGGCUGUAGAGAAAGUGAAACUAAACUCGGUGACUCCGUCUGUAAGGAGGAUAAGCCUGACUCUGUUACACGAUGAAGCCGAAGAUUAAAACGACAUGUACGAAGCUUCAGCUGCACCUGCUGAGUUUCUGUCUUCUGUGUUUAAGUGGAAAAACCCGCUGUGAUGGAAACGGUCCAGCUGUCGUCAAAGUGGAACAAGACAGUGAUGCUGUGUUACCCUGUUCCCUCAGCUCCACGGAGAACAUUGAAUCAUAUCGGUUUGAAUGGAAGAAACCUGCUCAGAUAGAUGGUCGUCAGAAGGAGGUGUUCUUUUAUGAUGCAGGCAUCACUUACGACAGCGGGUAUGAGGAGUUCAAAGGUCGAGUCUCUCAUUUUCCUGAAGAACUGAAACACGGCAACGCCUCCAUCAUCAUCAGAAAUACGAAGGUGACUGACAGUGGAAACUACACCUGUGUUUUUCCAAAUCUUCAGCCACCUCAAACAUUCCACAUUAAGCUUGUUGUUGAGCCAGUGGUCGUCACAGUGACACAAGAUGAAGAUGCUUUGUUACCCUGUUCCCUCAGCACCAAGGAGAACAUUGAACAAGGACACUUUGACUGGAAUAAAGUUGCUCAGAAUAAUGAAAAACAGAAGGAGGUGUUCCAGUACCUUAAUGGCAGACAUUCCAAUACCGGCUAUGGAUCUCAGGAUAAAGAGUUUAAAGAUCGAGUCUCUCAUUUUCAAGAAGAACUGAAAGACGCCAACGCCUCCAUCAUCAUCAGAAAUACAAAGGUGGCUGACAGUGGAGACUACACCUGUGAUUUUACUGAGCCACGUCAAACGUUCCACAUUAAGCUUGUUGUUGGCACAUGUCCAAAGCCGUAUUUAAGAAUACUUCGUCCAACAACGGAUGGGAUGCUGUUGCAGUGUGUUGUUCGAGGGGCUUCUCCAAAACCUAAAGUAGAGUGGAAGGACAGUUCUGGAAAGAUCCUUCUUGCUGAAGAACCACAGGUCACAGACAGAGGAGGCCUCUAUGACAUCAUCCUCCAAACUACUGUGACCAAGACGGACAACUACAGCUGUGUCUCUACACAGGAGGAAAUCUGCCAUCAGAUUUCUGACGACACUCAUGUGUCUGUCAAUGGUGCAGCUAAGAAGCCAUUCAUCACAGCACUUGAGCAAACAAAAGACUGGUCACGGCUGCAGUGUGAAGUCCAAGAUGCUUCUCCAAAACCUAAAGUAGAGUGGAAGGACAGUUCUGGAAACAAACUUCCUGCUGAAGAACCACAGGUCACAGACAAAGGAGGAGGCAGCUAUGACAUCAUCCUCCAAACGACUGUGACCAAGACCGACCACUAUCGCUGUGUGGUCACACAGGGGGACAUCAACCAUCAGACUGAAGCAACGAUUCAUGUUUACAUCAGUGGUGGUGUCUUAAAAGACAGAUCAGAUGAAAACAUCAGAGGUGCAGCUAAGAAGCCAUUCAUCACAGCACUUGAGCAAACAAAAGACUGGUCACGGCUGCAGUGUGAAGUCCAAGAUGCUUCUCCAAAACCUAAAGUAGAGUGGAAGGACAGUUCUGGAAACAAACUUCCUGCUGAAGAACCACAGGUCACAGACAGAGGAGGAGGCAGCUAUGACAUCAUCCUCCAAACGACUGUGACCAAGACCGACCACUAUCGCUGUGUGGUCACACAGGGGGACAUCAACCAUCAGACUGAAGCAACGAUUCAUGUUUACAUCAGUGUGGAGAGGGGUAACCCCGGAUCUGGAGCAAACAGCUCAGAGUCCACUGGAUGGACUGUUUCUGGAGUUCUUGGCGGUCUUUUGUUUUUUGUUAUUGUUGGUGGUGUUGUUCUGGCUGUGCUUAUAUACAUGGGUUGCAUCCCACUGAAUUGUAAGAAAGGUUCACCAGCAGAUCACAAGGAAGGUUCAGUAGUCCCUCUUAAGAGUCAACCCAGUCGGUCACAGGAGGCACCCGAUCCAGAAACCUAACUGUCUCUACAUGUGUUGUAACGUUUGCGGCUGAAGGAUGUGAACUGUGUUAAUGUAAAUUCUGCGAGAAGCAGUUUGAGUUUUAGAUCAGACUGUGUGUUUGUGAGGACAAUUUGGCUGAUCUUGUUUUCACAUUACAGUUCAAAUUAGUCUCAGGUUAAGGUCAGGAUCAGGGUUGUGGUUAGACAGAUAGUUGUGAUGGCAGAAGGGUGGAAGUGAUGUUGUCGGGGUGAAUGUGUAUUCAGCUCGUUCUGCCUUCACAUGGAGACAUCAUGACCACAAUCUGUCUCUGAACUUAACCUAGUGUUGUUUAUACGCUGUCCUCACAUUGAGUUCUCCCCAUAAAGAUCACAGACUGCAAGAUAACAGCACGCCCGCUCUCUGAGCUAAUUUAAAUAUCUAAAAGAAUAGGAAAUCAUCUUGUGAUGAGCUCACUCAGUCGCAACUUAAAAAGAAAGAAAGCCAGGGGUGUAAAGUGGGGGCUAGUGGCUCCUUCCCUUCUUCCUACCUUCCUACUCUUGGCCCCCGUACUCAGACCACAGCCAUCUUUUAACUGCCUUCAUUUGAUCUCAACCACGCACACACACUCACUGCUAACCCUGGCCGACAUUCGCUUCAGGUGUUGUUGCACUGUAUUGUUUUAGUUUAGUUUAGUUUUUUAUUUUUUCAGAUGUUGGACAAAGAAAAUAGAAUACAUUCAAAUAGAAUACAUUCAUUUGAAAAUAUAAAUGAAGAGAGAAAAGGAAAAAAAAAAGAAAAUGCAAAAGGAAAUACAAAUCCUAUCAUGUCACCCCUUUUUAGAAAACUCUACAAUUUUUUUUUUUAAUAUAUAUAAUUUUUUGAGUCCAUAUGUCCAAAAAAAAAACCCCUAGUUUAUACCCCUGACCAGUUAAUAUUUAAAGUUAAAUAAGCAGCAUACUGACUUUAGAUUUGAGCUUUGAACACUGGUAAUGCAUCUAUAUAGAUGCUUUCAUGUGAUACAUGACAAUAUCAAAUUCUACAGUUUGGUGUAUGCAGUGUAACAUGAUUUAGCAAAGUAAUUAAUUCGAUCAUUUCCCCUUCUGCUUCAUCUCUGUACCUGUUGAGAAUUGUUUGUUAAAUCUGUUUUUGAAUUGAAUGAUGUUUUUGCUCUGUUUCAGUUCUUCCUCUAGCCCAUUCCACAAGGUUACACCAGAGGAGGAGAUACUCAUUAUUUUAAGGGUUGUAUGCAUUACAGGUCUUUUAAAGUUCAGUGGUCCCCUGAGGUUGUAUCCCCCCUCCUUUUCCAUAAAUUUAUUUUGUACAUUACCAGGUAGUUGAUUGUAUCUUGCUUUGUACAUAACUCGCAAAACUUUAAACGUAACCAAAUCAGUGAACUUCAAAAUAUGUGAUUCCAGAAACAAUCUGUGUGUAUGGUCCUGAUACCCUGUGUUGUGUAUCACCCUUAGGGCUCUUUUUUUGGAGUGUAGAGAUUGAGUUUGUUGUUGUCUUAUAUGUAUUGCCCCAAACCUCUGAACAGUAGUGCAGGUAUGGGAGGAUCAUUGCACAGUACAGUGUGUGCAGUGAUUGGGGAUUGAGAAUAUGUUUUACCUUAUUUAUUACUGAAAUGUUCUUUGCUAUCUUAGCCCUGACAAACUCUAUAUGGGGUUUCCAGCAGAGCUUAUGGUCUAAAAUCACACCUAAGAAUUUGUUUUCAUGUACUCUUUCUAUUUCAAUGUGAUCUAUUAUCAGCUUGAUGUCUAUUUUGUUCUUACAAUUUCCAAAGACCAUACAUUUUGUUUUAUUUAAGUUUAAAGAUAACUUGUUUCUGUCGAACCACAGUUUUACUUUAUUCAUUUCUGAUGAUAAUACCUUCAUAAUCUGCUGGAUGUCCUUCCCUGUACAGAAUAUGUUUGUGUCAUCUGCAAACAAUACAUAUUUCAAUACUGAUGACACCGAACACAAAUCAUCGAUAUAGCUGGAGUGAUCCCAUCACCAGAUGCUCUCUUGCUGGUUUGUCACAGGAGUUAUUAAUUUAGUGUCUUUUUAUUGGUGUAUUUAAUAUGAACUGUUCACUUUAAUCUGUUUUAAUUUUGGCCUUACAAAAUAAAAGUUGGACCACAUGUUAGUUCAGUGAUAAGAAGGAGACAGAGGUCAGUUACACAGAGACAGACUGGAGUUAACAGGGUGACAACAGAAGAGAGGAAGUUUCCUUUAAUACUGACAGAACUGAUUAUUAAUGACUCAUUCUCUUCAGUGACAAUUAAAUUAACAGUUUGUGUUAAAGUCUGAUAUUUAAUGUGUAUAUAGUGACUGAGUUCCACUGUGUGUGGCUUUAAGAGGAGAAACAGUGUGUUUUAAAUGAUGGCUUCUUGUGCUUUGUUCUGUGUGGAUUUUCUUCUGUUGUUUUUAUAUUCUGAUUAUUUUAUGCAUCUUGUUUUUAAGAUUGAUUUCAUUUCCAGGCAGCACAGAUUUUCAUAUCACAUUUAAUGCUUCAUUUCUGUCCAAGCGUUUGAAUAAAACAUGAAAAAUGUCAAA